GAAUUAUUAUUAUAUAUAUCAACAUUAUCUUGCCAUAGAAUUAAGCCCUUAAACAUAAAUGGGAGAACUAGAAGUUAAUUACAAGGAAGUUCCUUCUGUCCAGGAGCUGGCCAAGAAGAAACUCGUGACGAUUCCAUCGCGAUAUGUACGUGAUGAUCAUGACAAUUCAUCAAUCGCAUCUAAUGAUCGUAAUAAUAAGGAAGUUCCAGUCAUUGACAUGCAACGAUUGGUCAAUUCUAAUGAUCAUGACAUCAUGAAUCUCGAGCUUAACAAGUUGCAUUUUGCAGCUCAACACUGGGGUUUCUUUCAGUUGAUUAAUCAUGGAGUUAGUUCUUCCGUGGUGGAGAAGAUGAAACACGAGACUCAAAAGUUCUACGAUCUUCCAUUAGAAGAGAAGAAGAAAUUUGAACGAUCACCGCGCGAUGCAGAUGGAUUUGGACAGCUGUUCGCUGUCUCUGAUGAACAAAAACUUGACUGGGCAGACCUUUUUUAUUUGAAGACCGCACCUCCACAUUUGCGGAUGCCUAUAUUUUCCAAGCUAUACCUUUCACUUAGAGAGACGAUUGAAGAGUACACGGAAGAAAUAAAGGAGCUAAGCAUGAAAGUUUUGGAAAUGUUGGGUAAAGCUUUGGGGAUUAAAGAAAAAGAAGUGAAGAGUCUUUUUGAAGAAGGGAUGCAAUCAAUGAGGAUGAAUUACUAUCCACCAUGACCCCAACCCGACAAAGUGAUGGGACUUUGCCCUCAUUCUGAUCCCUCUGCCUUAACAAUCCUUCUUCAAGUCAAUGAAACUCAAGGUCUUCAAGUUAAAAAGGAUGGAAUUUGGAUUCCCAUUUUACCCCUCCCUAACGCCUUCAUAGUCAAUAUUGGAGACACUUUUGAGAUUUUCUCAAAUGGAAUUUACAAAAGUAUAGAGCAUAGAUCAAUGGUGAGCUCAGCAAAAGAAAGGAUUUCAGUUGCAACAUUUCAGAGUUCAAGAUUGGACGUUAUAUUAGGUCCAGCAAGUAGCCUUGUUACAGCUCAUAAUCCACCAAAAUUCAAAACAAUGGGAGCCACUGAAUUUUAUAGAGGAUAUCUCAACCGUGAACUUGUUGGGAAAUCAUAUGUGGAAGCCAUGAGAAUUAAUCACCAAUGAAGAUGAUUCAAGGAAUUAAUUAGUAGUUGCAUUAAUGGUACGUACGUAAGUAAAUCCUUUGAUUUGAAUGAAAAAGGAUUAAAACAGAAAUAAAUAACAUUGAUAUGAGUUCAUUGUUAAUAUCAUGACAUUUCGAAUAAAUAUGAUGUGCAUUAAGAUUUAAAUAUUU